CUGGCGUGUGGUCUUGACUCUUUCCAGUAUCUAGAGGCUGUGCUGUAACCUAGUCUGUUGUAAUGCGCAUUCCCGUAGAUCCCAGCGCCACGCGGAGGUUUAGCCCACCGUCCGGUAGCCUCCAGCCGGUCCCGGCCAAGAUGAACGAGCUCAACACGCCGACCGGGACCGGGCAGCAAGACAGCACAGUGCCAAGGCUCCUGAGAAACUGGAGCAUGGCGGAGAUCAUAGCGGACCACCUGGCGGAACUGGUCCGGACUGACAGCCCAAACUUCCUCUGCUCGGUUUUACCGUCUCACUGGCGAUGCAACAAGACGCUGCCCGUCGCCUUCAAGGUUGUGGGGUUGGGAGAGGUGACUGAUGGGACGGUCGUAACGGUGAUGGCGGGGAACGAUGAGAACUACUCGGCCGAGCUGCGGAACGCAUCGGGAGUGAUGAAGAACCAGGUGGCUCGCUUUAACGACCUGCGCUUCGUGGGCCGCAGUGGACGGG